UUACCCAUCCAUCAACUUUUGAAGCUCAUAUGUGUUGUUCAGAAACCGGACAAUUUAUCCGGUACAGAGUAUCAGUACUUGCUCGAAUGAUCGGAUAGCAACUCAUGGAAGAGAACGAAUUGCUUUAUUUCUGGUGUGUCAUCGAGCGUUUUAUCAUCCCAGAUGGAUUGAGUUACUUCGUCCAUCCUCUGAUUCUCUUCCUCUGUCAUAUCUUCUUAUCGGUGAAAGUACUAGGAAACUGGAUUUUAGAUCAGCUCCCCCAUCCGUCUAAAGAUAUUUGGGUUAUGCUUUUGAGGUUUUCUGGAAUUGUGAGGAGUCGGGUACGGGUAAUUCGUCUUUGGUUUUCAGCUGCAAGCAGGCCGAGCGAUAACAAAGUCGAACAAGUCGUAAAGGAAGAAGUCUCAACAAGUGAGGCUCUUGAAAUUUCUUAUUCAGUUCAAAGUUUUGCCUUGUAUGGUUAUUUGAUAGUUCAACCGGUAGCUCAUGUGCUAAAAACAAUAGAUUUUAUUGACGAGGAAGGGGAUGAUGAGGAGGAUGUGGACGAAUAUGUUAGUGCGGAUGAGGAUAUCGAAGAAUAUGAAAGCGUGGUUGAGGAUUUGGAGGACUUAGAUGAUGAUGUUUCUCUGGUUGACGAUGAUGAUGAUAUGGAAGAGCCAUAUUUUAGUGUGGUCGAGGAGCCUGCAGAUGGGAGUGUGGUCGGGAGUACGGAUGAUCCAGAUGUGAGAGUGGUGGAGGAUAUGGAAGACCCAGAUGCUAGCGUGGUUGAAGAUAUGGAAGUAUCCGAUGCUGUUAGUGUGGUUGAGGAUGAACACAUGCAUGACUAUACUUUCUCCUCUCUUUAUAGCUCUGAAGCAUCCGUUGUGCAAGCAGAAGAUGAUCAGGACCAGAGAGAAGAUGUAGAAACCGAUCCGUUCUACAGCAAAUACAGUGAAAGGAUGAGAUGGUUCGAUCUACUCAGUUAUGAGAGAUCAUGCGGAAUGAAUGCAAUCCUGAACACGGAAUUGGGAGCUCCUACUUCAACUGAGAGAUCAGAGUUAAUGCAAUUUUCUGCUCCGUUUAUGUCAUGGAGCAAGGUGAGUAAAAGAAAGCUGCUAAGAAUCAUAGAGAACGAUUUCGAGACUGUGUAUGUGAGUCAGUUAUGCUUGUCUUGGGAGGCCCUCCAUCAUCAGUACAGGAAGGUUGAGUCACUUGCACCAUUCCCUGGUUCUCAAGAGGGCGUCUUUUAUUACGAUGUGGCCGGAGAAUUCCAAAAUUUCAAGGUCCUAUUACAGAGAUUCAUGGAAAACGAAAACCCCAAAGACAAAAGGUUUUUGAGUUAUGUUCGAACAAGGUUUUCUGACAAUAGAUUUCUCCAGGUUCCGGAGGUUACAGGGUAUUUAGAGGAAGUAAACGAAGGCAUGGAAGAAGUGACAGUGGGAGCAAAUGAAGUCUUAAGUGCCAUAAGGAAGUCUAUAGCGGUAUUCGGACAGUUUGUAGGUAGAGACAACAGGAAGCAUUGGUGGAGGAAGUACAGGAGGAUGCUAUGGAUUCAUCCCCCGGUGGAAGACCCUAAAGACUUGAAGUUAUUAGUUGAACUUGAAAAACUACGCCGAAAGAAGAAACUAUUCCUUGAGGAUCUGAAGAAGAAGAAGAACUGUUGGCUCAAGAGAAGGAUGGCAAUAGAAGAUUCACAAAAAGUGGACAUGAUCCUGAGUGGGAUAGACCUGAAACUGGUGGAGAGGGUGCUCAAACUGUCCAUGAUUUCCACGGCUCAACUCAAAUGGUGCCAAGACAAGCUCCACAACAUCGAGUUCAAAAAUGGAAGAAUUGCUAGGGCUUGCACCAAUUCCUGCUUAUUCCCAGCUUCUUAACCAUGAUUUCCAAAUAAAAUGGUUGUUGCUUUCACUUUUCCGUUUCGUAACCAUGUCUAAUAUAUCCAAAAAGGCCGGCAUAGGUGUGUAAUAUAUUCAUAUCGUACAAGAUACAAUACUUUUGUAAAAUACGAUCCCCCUAAUGCUUCGAUCCGGUCCGGUCUAAAAAUGGUUCUUCAAUUCAGUUGGGAAGUGAGUGUAUUAUAUUAGUCAGUCUAUUAGUUCUAGAUUCAAGAGAAGUAGCCGGUAGGGCGGGCCCGAGUCUCAAGAGCCCUCAGGCCUCAAAAGUUUGCACAGGAUCUGUUCUACUUCUACCAAAAGACUCGGACCAAAAAAUCCCUACCAUUACUCAAAUUUGAGAAUGAGAUCCGAUAAUUUGUUUCCGACAA